CCUGUCCGUCGUGCUGCUGGUUCUGGAUCCCGUCCGGUCGAGCCCAGUCCUUUGCCCUCGUGAGCCUGUCUGCUUAAACUCGCACUGCCCGGUUUCUGUUCCCCUCACUCGAUCCCCCGGCUUGCCACGUUCAUCAAAAUAUCUCUAAACCAUCACAUCUCAUUUCUCAUCGUCUUCAUUGUUCACUCGGAUGCGCUCAACCACUUUUAUCGUCAAUCCCCGACAGUUACGUCCCUGACGUCAUCUACAGUCCCACCUGGUUCCCACCUGCCGUUCGACUGAUACGCCCUAAGAGAGGAGGGAGAAGAGAAAAAAAAAAAGGGCCGUUCCUGCAACAUCGCCGACGUUACCGUGGGUCCAUGAUGGUUGGCGAUCCUCCCUAGUCAAGACUUCAAUUUUGGCGAUUCCCCUAGUCACUCGCGAUCAUGAAAGACUCGCUGUACGACCGUCUCUGGCGCCGAGAAUGCGGGGACCUGUCGCCCUAUGCCUCGCUCCGCGGCAUUUACGGCUCCAAAGAAUGGAUCGAUGAUCUGGAUAUUGUGAAUGAGUUGGGGGGUCACACGGGAUGUGUGAAUGCUCUCAGUUGGUCCAAGUCCGGACGUCUCUUGGCUUCUGGCUCGGAUGACCAGCAUUUAAAUAUCUAUUCGUACCAGCCCGACUCUUCGGAUGCUCAGUUCGCGUUGAACACGACCGUCGCCACCGGUCACAAGGCCAAUAUCUUCUCCGUCAAGUUUAUGCCACAUUCGAACGACCGGACUUUGAUAACUUGUGCGGGCGAUUCGCAAGUGCGUGUCUUUGACAUUGAAUACUCGAGCGCCAACGGAGACAUUGCUUCCACUUCGGCAUUUGCAGCCUCGGCUCGGAGUCGGCGCUUCAAUAAUUUUUUUGAAGGCACGCGGUACCUAAGUGCCGGCAAUACCAAUGCCAGGGUUUACCGGAGCCAUGCCGAUCGCGUAAAGCGCAUUGUCACUGAAUCAUCGCCACAUCUGUUCCUCACAUGCUCUGAAGAUGGAGAAGUCCGACAGUGGGAUCUUCGUCAGCCUUCGGAGGCUUAUCCGUCGCCCCGAGGUGGCCAGGGCUUCAUGGCAUAUCGACCUGGACUAGACCAUGACGACUCCAACGUCCCGCCGCCGCUCAUCUCCUACAAGAAGUUCCGCCUCGAUCUCAACACGAUAUCUUGCUCUCCCAGUCAACCGCACUAUAUCGCCCUGGGUGGCGCUCACAUGUACUGCUUCCUGCAUGACCGACGUAUGCUUGGUCGCGACCUCAUGGCUGAAACAGGUAGCCCGGGCUUUUCUACAGCAAGUGCUGCCAGUCUUGAUGACGAGCUGAUGGGUAAAGCAACUCGUUGCGUUCGGCGGUUUGCUCCCCGGGGUAAACGUCGUCUGAAGCACCUCGAUGACGGUCACAUUACCGCCUGCAAAAUCAGUGAUGCAAACCCGGAUGAGAUGGUCGUCAGUUGGUCUGGAGAUCACAUUUACAGCUUCGAUCUCAUCCGGAGCCCUGAUGCGCGAGACGUUUCACCCGAAUCGCCUUCUGCGUCCAAGAAGACAAAUCGUCGUAAAACCGACUCCUCGGGCCGAAAGCGUAAGCGCCCCAAGCCUGCUUCAAUGUCGUCCCAGGGAAGUGGUGACCGGCACCAACCUCAACAGCGCUCUGGAGAGCCAGAUGCAUUCAGAAUCACCUAUGAGAAUGGUGAGUCUGAGGACGUUCUCUUCCCGACGAUACCCGAUGAGGACGAGCUUGCUAUGGUUCAACGCGCGAGAUACUCUGUGCUAAAUGAGGCUCAACGACUCAGCAUGCGGAUUGCAAAGGGUCUCGUCAAGCUUCGCCAGGCGCUGUUCUCGCUGGAGACAACCACACGGGAAGGCAGUGAGGCUGAGCAGUCAAGUCUCACGCCUUACUCGGGAGCCUUUGCCUCUGCAUUCUCACUAGCCUCGGAGUGGCUGCCCCAGAUGGAUGAGGUCAUGCGUCAAUGGCGCUAUCCGCUGAAUCCGUCGAGCGAUACAGUUACUUUCCAGCAAUCCCUGCGUCGCAACCGUCAAGCAUCUUGGCGGUUUGUCCAGGCUGUUGGUACAAUUGCUCGUGCUUUGCAUGGUGAUGCCUCGGAAGAAGGUACAUCCAACGCAGUCUCGGACUUUGUACAAAUCGUUCCCGCGCCCAAUGAGGAUGAGUCUAUUGACACGGAAGCUCAGUUUGGCUACGACUUUCUCAAGGCUAUUUUGCUCUGGAUUCAGGGUGGUAGGCAAGGACUACUCAAUGGAUUCAAACGUGGGCAACAUCCAAGACGCGUGGAAGGACGGUUUCCCAUCCCUGAUGAGGCCACUGAGGGUGCGAUCGAUACUAUACUUCUUCCUUACCUCCAGGGACUUGCCCGAGAAAAACCCAUCGUCAACGUGGAUGCCUCUCGCUUCGAGCAUGAUUCCACUCGCAUCUUAUUCCAGACUCAAGUUGCAGCCGUGACUGCGUUCGGGAAUGCCGUACGGUUGCCACUGGAGGAUCUGGGAACUACGGCUGCCCGGAUUGAUCGGCGUCGCGUCUCCAAUCCCUCCUCGCAAGUUCGAUCUCUAGAUCGGGAAUCUGCUACUAGAUUCUGGGUGUUGCGGGUGGGGCGAGGCAUUCUAAUGGAGGCCGGGAAAGGUGUCAACUACUCAUUCGUGAAUCGGGCCUUUGGCGGAAUUCACACGACUACCGAUGACUCGACUAGCGAGGAUGACUUGGAGAGGAUUCAAGAUGAUAUUGAUCCCGACGUGGAAGAAGAAAGAGUGAAGUCGAUUAACCUCGUGAGGACCUCUCGCUCUGGUCCAGAUUCCGAGGCCUCCGAAGCAGAAGUGCGUCGGAAUGGCCAUGAUGUCGGUGAGGUAGAAGAUUCGGAAAGUGAGGACGAGGACGAGGAUGAGGAUGCGGAAAGCGACGAAGACGUAGACGACGAAGCAGACGGCUGGAAUAUUGGCUUGGGAGACUCCUCGGAGGACGAAGAUAAUGUAGAGUCGCCUGGUGAGGACGGCGAAGAGCCGCUGUUCAUACGGGGCACCACUCGCAAAUCCCGCCGUGGAGAAGUCGAGUCCGAUGCGCCAGUCUCUGCUCAUACGCGGGUCUACCGUGGGCACUGCAAUAUCAAGACCGUCAAGGAUGUUAACUUUUUCGGGCUGAACGAUGAGUACGUAGUCAGCGGGAGUGACUCGGGGCAUCUGUUCAUUUGGGAUCGCAAGACGGCGAAUCUGGUGAACAUUCUAGAGGGAGAUAGCGAGGUUGUCAACGUUGUCCAAGGUCACCCAUAUGAACCCACCAUCGCCGCCUCUGGCAUCGACAACACUAUCAAGAUCUUCUCCCCAGAUCGACACGCUCAAGAUCUUGCCCACCGAGGUAUCAAUAUACUGGAUCCAGACAAUCCUGCCAACCUUGUCGGAUCCGACGUGCGCAAUCUCGGUGGACUUGAGAGCCGGAAGCGUCUGCAGGACAGUUAUCGCAUCAUUAGUCAGAACGAUGUCGAUCGUCGCGGUGGCAUGAGUGAGGCCUACAUUACAAGAAGUAUGCUGGCACGUCUUGCUGCCACCCUCCGUGGUGGACAGGCUGGCACUGGUGGUCUGGCUGCCGGUCUGGCUCCGGGCGAGGGUGCCACGGUGGUUCUCGAUGAUAAUUGCAGUGUGAUGUGAUGAUACCUCGCGACGGUGACUUUGGGAGAAUAGUCCCCACAAAGUUCCUAUCCCUUUUUUUUUCAUUUCUUUAUUGUUAUUACUACUUACCCUGAUAUCCAGAAUGUUUUGUUUGCAUCAAGGGAACCGGGGAUUUUUAAUUCUUUGUAUGUAAUUUGAAUCAGCAUUGAGAAUGCAUGAGGCAUGAAGUUUAAUAUGGUGGGGGCAAUUUGGACAUCAUCCUAGAGACUGAUGAUAGAAUGGAUAAAACCAAAAAAUAGGAUGGAUAUUCUAGGUCAAUUUCCC